UAAAGUUGCGCUGAGCUUGCUUGUAGCUAGCCGAGAUGAAAACUGUGUUCUUAUCAGCUGUUCUUCUCUUCGCCCUCUUUUCUUUUCCAUCUUUCCUGCAGGGAGAGGUCCUCAACGUUCACUUGAUACCUCACACGCAUGAUGAUGUCGGCUGGUUGAAGAGUCUGGACGAAUACUAUUACGGAGCCAUUAACUAUGUCCAGGAUGCAUCUGUAGAGAAUAUUUUGGAUACAUCCAUCAGCCAGCUCUUGAUGGACAAGAACAGGAAGUUUAUAUAUGUCGAAAUGGCAUUCUUCACCAAGUGGUGGAACAAGCAGACUGAAUCUGUAAAAGAAAAAGUUCAUGAAUUAGUACAGAGUGGUCAGUUAGAGUUCAUUAACGGCGGAUGGUGCAUGAAUGACGAAGCAACAGUCCAUUACAAUGCAAUGAUUGAUCAGAUGUCCAUUGGACUGAGGUUCAUAUCGAAUACUUUUGGUGUGCGUCCGGUGAUCGGCUGGCAGAUUGAUCCUUUUGGACACUCCUCCUUUCAAGCCACUGCUUUCUCUUUGUUUGGAUUUGAUGGCUUCUUUUUCUGUCGCAUGGACUACCUUGAGAAAUACAUUCGUGGGAUAACUAGAGAAAUGGAAAUGAUAUGGCAGAACAGUCCCUCUCUUGGUCCUGCCACUGACAUCUUCACUGGAAUACUGAAUGGUCUCUAUCUUCCUCCUAAAGGCUUCUGUUUUGAUGAUCCUUGUAAUGAUCCUUCCAUUAUGGACGACGAAGAAGAUAUGCAUUUUAAUAACGUCAAAGAAAGAGUCGCUCUUUUCAUAGAGGAAGCACGCAAGCAGGCAAGGCACUACAAAACUCGUAACAUAAUGGUGCCAAUGGGAGCUGAUUUUCAAUACCAAAACGCUGCAAAGUGGUUCACUAAUAUUGACAAGCUCAUCAAAUAUGUCAACUUGAAUGGAUCACUAAACUUGUUAUACUCCACGCCAUCUUUGUACUUAAAGUCGCUUCAUGAUGAGGACACGGUCUGGCCUACAAAAAACAGUGAUUUCCUUCCAUAUGUUGACCGCCCAUGGAGCUACUGGACAGGAUAUUUCACCAGCAGACCUGCUUUGAAAGGUUACGUGAGGCAGUGUAAUGCUCACUUGCAAGCAUGCAAACAAUUGGAAGCAAUUCAUAAUGGAAUGGGAGACAAUGGACCAUCUUCAGUAAAACUGCAACAAGCUAUGGGUGUGGCACAGCAUCACGAUGCUGUCACUGGUACAGAGAAGCAGCAUGUUGCUGAUGAUUAUGCCAGGAGGCUUCACAUUGGAGAAGUUGAGUGUCGUUCUGUAAUGGCGACUGUCCUCAAUGAUCUUGCAGCUAAAGGAGCUAAUGCACCUAAAAUGGACUUGAGUUUCUGUGAAUAUCUUAACAUCAGUGUGUGUCCAGUAACUGAGGGUGGAGAUUUCAAUAUGGUGGUAUAUAACUCAUUGGCUCGCCCAUAUACUGGUAUGGUACGUAUUCCUGUAAUAAAGGAGGAUGUAUCAGUGACUGAUCCUAACAAUAACACAGUAGCUAUACAGAUUGUUCCUAUAAGUCCUGAGACUAAGAAAAUCUCAGCAUACGUUAACAGUACAAACACAGCUGGUCUUGACGUAUUUCUUCAAGUUUCUAAUGUACCUCCUCUUGGCUAUGCCAUGUAUACUUUUAAAUCUAGUGCGAAUCAAAAUUUAGGGCAGACUAAAGUUUCACGUGUAAAAAGAAAGCUUGAUAAUGAAGAUGUGACUAUCAGUAAUAAGUAUUACAAUGUCACUUUUGAUGGAUCUACUGGUCACAUUAAAAAGAUUAUUAAUGCUGUAUCUGGUGUUAGUAGCAACAUCAAUCAACAGUUUCGUUUUUAUAAUGCGAGCGCUGGGAACAAUAUCUACAGUAGUCAGAGAUCAGGUGCAUACAUAUUCCGCCCUAACAACACUGUGGCAUAUUCUGUUGGACCAAAUUUGGACAAUGCAGCUCAAUUGUCCCUUGUUGAAGGUGAUCUGUUAUCUGAAGUAAGGCAAGUAUUUUCUCCUUGGGUCUCUCAAGUAGUGAGGCUGUAUAAGAACAAGCCAGCCAUUGAACUGGAGUACACAGUUGGACCAAUUUCUAUUGAUGAUUUGCACGGGAAAGAAAUCGUUUCUGUAUUUAAUACUGAUCUAGAAUCUGACAAAACAUUCUACACUGAUUCAAACGGAAGAGAAUCUCAAAAAAGAAUAAGAAAUUACAGGCAUGACUCUGUUUAUUUUAACACUGAGCCUGUUGCUGGAAAUUAUUAUCCGGUGACAAGUAGGAUAUUUAUAAAAGAUGAAGAGAAGAAGACUCAGUUCACUGUACUUAAUGAUAGAGCACAAGGUGGCUCUAGUCUUGCUGAUGGAUCCUUGGAAUUAAUGGUUCACAGACGCUUGCUCUUUGAUGAUGGUCGUGGGGUUGGUCAAGCAUUAGAUGAAAAAGGACUGAGUGGAGAGGGUCUGGUUACUCGUGGGAAGCAUCUACUGAUACUUGAUACAAUUGAUGAAUCAGCAUAUACUCAGAGAAUGAUGGCUGAAGAAUUAAUGAUGACACCAGAGCUCGCAUUUACUCCAACUGAUGGACUCCAACUAGGAGACUAUAAUCUUAAAUACAGUGGACUAUCUACUGCACUCCCUGAUAAUGUUCACUUGCUGACACUUGAGUAUUUGGAUAAAUCAACAAUUCUGCUUCGUUUGGAUCAUCAGUUUGAAUCUGAUGAUCCUAAAGAGUGGUCUGCUCCUGCAUCUGUUAAACUAAGUGAUUUAUUUGUUGCAUUUAAAAUCAAAGAAGUAACAGAGCUAGGUUUAGGAGGUAAUGUAGCUUUAUCUGAUAUAAAGAGACUACAAUGGAAGACAAUUGAAGGUCAAACAGUUCCUAGUCCUAUGAAUUUCCCUCCUGUCACUGCUCCUGAUUUUACUGUAUCAUUAUCUCCAAUGAUGAUCCGUACUUUUAACGUGACAGUGGAAUUUAACUAAGCUAUAAUAUGCAUUGCAUCUUGAUUCUAAUUUAUUUUGCUGAAAAGUGACACGUGUAUGCACGUGAUACAAGUAUACUGAAUUCAGUAAUUUUGUUAUCAACA